CAUUUUUCGAGUUUAGUUCACAAUUCCAUAACUUCUAUCAUGGCAGUCCUGAAACUGACUACGACUGUUUCCUUUUGCGGGAAACCUAGCAAAUGGGCCCGCAACGCCACUCGCACCUCCAGCUCCACCUCUGCCACCAUCACCACUACCACCACUGCAGCCGCACCCUUUGCUACCCUUUACACUUAUUCACCGUCACUAUCUUUAGCCCUAAAUAGCCAUAGAAGCGAUUGGCGCAGGUUAACGCCCUGCGCCUCCUUUGCCUCUAAUAGUAGCUGUUAUAAUAGCAAUGAUAACAAUUUAUUAGGGUUUGCUUUCAGUGGCCAAAAGCAUUUUUCUCUUUUUCAUUGCCAUUGUAGCUCCUCCUCCUCAUCUGCUCCAAAAACGGGAGGCUUCUCUGGGUCCGAUUCGUCGUCUACCGGAUCGGGUCUAGCAGAUAUGGGGUCCGAGAACAAGGUCGAUGUGGUUGAUUGGCAUCAGAAUAACCAUUUAAACGGUCGGAAUCAUCCGUUGUCGGCGUCGCCCUCGCGGUCGCCGUCCUUGCAAAAUUGUCACAAACAACAGGACUCAUAUUAUAAAUUGCUUACGCUGCCUACCAUUUUAACCCUCGGCCGUGUCGCUGCUGUGCCGCUUCUCGUUAGCACUUUUUAUGUGGAUAGUUGGUGGGGAAGAACUGCAACAACUACUAUUUUCAUAGCUGCAGCAGUUACUGAUUGGCUUGAUGGAUAUCUAGCUCGAAAGAUGAAAUUAGGCUCUGCCUUUGGUGCAUUUUUGGAUCCAGUGGCUGAUAAGCUUAUGGUUGCUGCCACCUUGGUCUUGUUGUGUACCAGACCUCUGGAAGUUGCAAUGUUUGGACAAGCGUCAUCGCUACUGACUGUACCAUCAAUAGCCAUUAUUGGUCGAGAGAUAACCAUGUCUGCAGUCAGAGAAUGGGCAGCUUCACAGAAUAGCAAACUCUUAGAGGCAGUUGCUGUUAAUAACUUGGGAAAGUGGAAAACUGCGACACAGAUGACUGCACUAACCAUCCUUCUGGCUACCAGAGACGGCAGUGUUGGAGGACCAGGGAUUUUGGCAACUUCUGGUGUUGUUUUGCUUUAUAUCUCAGGAGGUCUUUCUUUGUGGUCUUUAGCUGUGUACACGAGUAAGAUAUGGAAAGUGCUGGUGAAGUAGCUUGCUUGGCCUGCCGUGCAUUUGCUCCUAACGGAGGAUUCUGGAUGAGGUCAUGAUGCUUCAAAAGUUGCGCUCUGAGAUCAUCUUUCUUCAGAGAAGUAUUAGUACGUAGAUGUCCAAACAAGAAGUAUCCAACUUUGAUGCUUUUGCUAGGAGCCACCGCUGGUGUUAAAGGCCAGGACAGAAACACAUUGUGCAGCAAUUUAGUUGCUGGGGGAGCAGAAGAAGCAACAUUGCCAUUGAGUUUAUAAUGUCAGUUAUUAACGAGAUAGUUUUUUAGAGGAUUUCCUUAUUACCAAAAUUGAUUCAUUUUAAUGGCUGCAGCAUUCUAGGAGUUUUAAUAAUAUUAAUAUCUCUCUCUAUUUCUUCUA